UCCAGCUGCACAGUGAGCUGCUGAGUCCUAAGUUGCUUAGUUUAUUAACCAGUUUGUGGGGUUGAACUGUAUUGAAGGCAGAGCUGAAGUCCACAAACAGCAUUCUCACAUAGGUGUUACUACAGUCCAGUCAUUCGGCGCUGGUCACCAUCAAAAAGCCAUCGAUUUGUAGUUGAGCGUUAAAUUGCAUUGCAACUGAGCGGGUAUAAAGUACCGGAGAAAGUAGAUUUAUUGUUCUUUUGUUAUCAAUGACUUUGGUCUAGUUCACCAGCUUAAAAAAAUCGUGUUGACGUGCAAUUUAUGUAUAGUUGACCGGGAAAUUAAAGCAGCGAUCACUUGGACUAUUCCGCAGCACCCCUCUCACAGUGGUACAUCCCUCCAGGUAACAGCCCCUCAGAAUUUAAAGAGCCAGAGUCCAUUUAAACUGUCCAUGGCACAUGGGAGAAAGGGCCCGCUGGAUGUGAAUGUCUCCUCCCUGCCCUCCUGGUUGGACUUGGUUUGGAGGUCGCUGUUUCAUCUUUAACAGCAGCAAGGAGAUCUGGCCUGAUGCUGAGGAAACUGUGUGGAUGUGGAGUGAUGGGUCCCAGUUUGACUUCAUUAACUGGGCCAGUGGACAACCUGACAAUGCUGGAGGAAUAGAGGAUUGUAUGGAGAUAAACUAUGGAGGAGAUUAUGUCAAUGAUGCAGGGUGCAACUCUGACAACUCUUUUGUUUGUGUCAGAGAUCCAUAACUGCUCCUUUGUGUCCUGACACAUCUAAAAUGAUGAUGUCACAUCCUCACUGUUGAUGUCAUUUCCAGCGGGAUGUCAAGUCUCGAUGACAUCACUGCUGGAAGACAUACUGAAUAAUAUCAUAUCACAAUAAACAUAAAUAAAUAGAUAUCCUGAGCAUCAACCAGACUCACCUGCUUUUAUCAUCUCAUUUUCACUUUGUGUAAUAUAUUGAAUGUAAUUUAGUAAAGUCACACAAAAACACAUGAACGUGUUUAUCACAAAGAAAACUAAAGAAGAAAUCGAUUUCUGCAACAUGCAGCUUUGUGGUUUUAACAGUGAAUCAAAAUGCGAGACAGAUGCUGAGGCAGGGCGGUGCUGAUGCUGUCAACCAUCAGACUGAAACACAAACACUAUGACAUCAUCUCAGAACACUUUGUUUACCAUCACUGGAUUAGAUCGGGAUUCUCUGACUGUGCCGUCUCCUGUCUGCCUCAAUGCUGUUCAGUAAUAAUGGUGUCAGAAUCAGAAUCAGAAGACUUAAUUUAUCCCCAAGGGGCGAUUAACAAACAACAGACCAGCAUAACGUUGAAGAUCAGGACAAUAAGAACAGGCAAUAAGAGUGAAAUAAUAAAUACACAGAAUAUACAGCAUAUACAGUUUUAAAAUUAAGUCACUGAAAGGUGAAUAAAUAACUGUAAGUGACUAAAAGUGAAUAAAGUGUAGUAUAAGAAGAGUGUAGUUUAUGUUUAUGGGUGAAGGAAAUGUUCUUAUCUGCUGGAGUUAAAAAGCAGAGUGGCCUUUGGGACAAAGGUGGCUCUCCUCCUCUCAGUCCGGCAGGAAAUGCAGCGGAGGCGUCGCCCAGAGGGGAGGAAUUGAAAUGCGGGGUGAAGAAUGUGAGAGGGGUCGUUGAUGAUUUUAGCUGCCUGUCUGAGGGCCUGUUGACUGAAAACCUGUGCCAGAGUUCUGACAGGCAGGCCAAUGAUUUUAGAGCACACUGAUGCAGUGUGCUGCAGUCUGUUCAAGUUUAGUUGUCAGGACAUGAGGCUGCAGAGUGUUGAACCAGGGCUCUAGACUAAGUUUUUGACAUGGGCGCACCGGUACGCCUAACUUUAAAAAUUUAGGCGUACUGGCACAAAAGUUAGGCGCACUCAAGUUUUUCAACCGCAUCACUUAACUCCGCAAUUUUACAUGUGCACUUUAUUUGGGGGGAAGUCCAUACACACAAUAUUCAUUUCUAAAUGAUUAACUAACAAACUUGUGCUCAAAUUGCUUUGUCAAUAUUGUAGAAAAUGUUAAA